UUUUUGAUAACACGUGUGUUUUAUAUCUUCAGGUGAAGCCUUUGAUCUGGAUUGAGUCCGUCAUUGAGAAGCACUCCCACAGUCGUAUCGAGUACAUGAUCAAGGCGAAGAGUCAGUUCAAGAGGCGUUCCACGGCCAACAACGUGGAGAUCCACAUUCCUGUGCCAACGGACGCUGACUCACCCAAAUUCAAGACCACAGUGGGCAGCGUGAAAUGGGUGCCUGAGAACAGCGAGAUCGUCUGGUCAAUCAAGUCCUUCCCUGGUGGAAAGGAGUAUUUGAUGCGAGCCCACUUUGGUCUGCCGAGCGUAGAGGCUGAAGACAAGGAGGGGAAGCCACCAAUUAGUGUCAAGUUUGAGAUCCCAUACUUCACCACCUCCGGCAUCCAGGUGCGUUACCUGAAGAUCAUUGAGAAGAGUGGAUACCAGGCCCUGCCGUGGGUGCGCUACAUCACCCAAAAUGGAGAUUACCAGCUCCGGACCCAGUAGGCAGCGCCUCCGCCGGCAGUAGGCAGGUGGAAAUCAGAGGGGGCGGAGAGGGGCCGCUAAUGCGCUAUCAAUGGCAGGUGUCAGUCAUGAGACCACAGAAGUUUGUUUCUUUUGUUUAGUUUUUGUAUUUGUUAAAGUUUUAUUGAUUUCCGAUCAGUGCAAAUAUUAGAUGCAGCCUUCAGUUUAAAAAAAAGAGAAACAAUGAUUACUGUGUGGCUCAUAAUGUGAGCAAGGCCAAGAAGAGCAGGAGUAAUGUUUACAUCCAACACAUACAACAGAGAGAUGCACACAAUCCUUCACAAUGGGUCAAAAGAGUAUGUUACACAUUUUUCUUUCAAAGUUACUGUAAUCACAAUAACACUCUGUCAAUCUGAGUUUGACAUGAAGCUGCUUCGUUCUGCCACAAUCCCUAUUUGUUGAUUAUCUGUAUAUAUUUGUUACAUGUUAAUGAACUUCAGUGUUAUAUGUUCAACGAUUGUAAAUUUAAAUGCUUUUUUUUUUUUUUUUUUUAUCACCUCAAUGUGAUGCCAUUGAUACAUGCCAGAGCAAUGUCCUCCUCCUGCACGGCUGUUUUGCUUUUCAUCCGUUUGCCUCCUCUGCCAUUCAGCUUUGCAGAAAAGAAGAAGUUUAUGUUGCGCGGUCUGCGACAGAGUACCAGUUAAAAAUCCCUCUUUUCCAUCCCCAAAACAUGUUCCCCUUCUCCCCGUCUGUAGCCACACAUUUUAAAUCAUUAAAUGUCUAUUUAGAGAAAACUG